AUGAAGCAAAUCAGGUGUUUAAACCCAAAUCAUCGUGGCGUGUCUGUGAACGGAAAUACUUACUGGGUUACGAAUAAGAGGUCGGAGGGAUAUCAUAAAUACUUAUUGUGUUAUAUGUCUCUUCCUCAGCCGUUCACCUACGUGGUUGCUGCUUUAUCAGUGAUCAGAGAAGAGCAGCUCUGUCUGGUAGGUUAUCUUGAUUAUGACGCUGAGUUAGAAGAAUUACAUGUAUGGGGGACAACUAGUAUCGGUGAAGUCAUGUCAUGGAGCAAGUUCUUUACAGUGAAAACCAACUGGAGUUGUAAGCAGUUACUGUUUGCUGACGGGAUGAUGAGUUUCUUGGCCGAUGAGCAAGAAAAAGUUUUAGUGUGUUGCAAUAACGGGAAUCGUUACAAAUUCAUAUACACUGUGGCUGUGGGAGAAACUAAUCACAUACAAUAUGUGGAUAAUCGUGUUUGCGUGACUAUGUCAAGGUCUUAUUGCUCAAUUCUUUUGAAUUAUGUUCCAAGUUUAGCCCAAAUCUAA